AUGUACGGUCAAAACUUACUUGAUCAGUCCGAUUAUACGUUUCCUGAAUCUGUUCGCUUGCAUUUGCUAGGCGCAACAAUUUCUUCUACCACUACUACUCCUGCUGCUUGCAGCUUUAAUCCAACAAGUACUAAUAGUACAAUUACAACAACAACUGCUGCUGCUGCUGCCACUGGUACUUCAGGACCGGUUUAUUGCAGAAGCACAAGCUUCAGCAGCUUGUACCCUUGCUUAACAGAAAACUGGGGAGACUUGCCACUCAAAGUCGACGAUUCCGAGGAUAUGUUCCUUUAUGGUGUCCUCCGCGACGCUGUCACCGUUGGGUGGGUCCCAUCACUCAAAGCCGAUCAAUUCAUGGAGCCCAAUUUUCCAGCGGUGAAGUUGGAACCCACAGAGAAUUUGACGGUCUCUCCGCCGUCCACGGCGGCUCUAUUGUCUGAGCCGGCGGCGGUUCCGUCGAAGGGUAAGCAUUACCGGGGUGUGAGGCAGCGGCCUUGGGGGAAGUUCGCGGCGGAGAUUAGGGACCCAGCGAAGAAUGGGGCCCGGGUUUGGUUGGGGACAUUCGAGACGGCGGAGGAUGCGGCUUUGGCUUACGACCGCGCUGCCUAUAGAAUGCGUGGGUCUAGGGCGUUGUUGAAUUUUCUGUUGAGGGUGAAUUCAGGUGAGCCUGAUCCGGUUAGAGUGACUUCGAAGAGGUCAUCGCCAGAACCAUCAUCUUCGUUGGAGAAUGGGUCACCGAAGAGGAGGAAGAAGGUUGGUGGCUCGGCGCGUACUGCUACAGUGGUGGCUCAAGCUGGGUUGGAAAUGAGGAAUGGGGUUGGGUGUCAAGUGGGUGCACAUGGCGAGCAAUUACUGAGAGAGAGAAAAAGAAUAAAGGCCAAAAAGCAGGCAAUAAACCGCGACAUCCAAACCAGGUCGCGUCAACCAAACCGCAGCAGCAGGCGCACGUGCACAGCAGCGCAAAUAAAGACAGUUGUACGGUCCAACAGGGAGUAG